AUGGAGUUCAGUUUGAGUGGCGCGAUUCGGUGCAUGGACAGCGAGCGUGAUGCUCUUCUCACGUUUAAAGGAGGCUUUAGGAGUGGUUUAGACCGCUUCUCUUCAUGGAAGGCCGAAGAAGAUUGUUGCAAAUGGAGAGGAGUUGGAUGUGACAACGUAACAGGUCAUGUGACCAAACUUGAUCUCCACAGUCCAGACCCAUUCGACAUAUUGCAAGGUGAGAUUAGUCAAUCUUUGCUUCAUCUACCAUAUCUGAGAUCCCUAGACUUGAGUCAAAAUAAUUUCUACUCUAUUCCAAUUCCAGAGUUUAUUGGUUCUCUUCAGUGUAUAAAAUAUCUCAACCUAUCUAAUGCCACUUUCCGAGGACCCAUUCCUAGUAGUCUUGGGAACCUCUCACACUUGGAGUCUCUGGAUUUGAGUGGAAAUGGAUAUUCUUCUUUAAGAGCCGAAAACCUCAAUUGGGUUUAUGGUCUUUCUUUUUUGAAAGUUCUUGAUUUGAGUGGUGUUGAUCUUAGCAAUGCAGAGGUUUGGCUCGAAUCAAUAAAUAUGCUAAGUUCUCUAGUAGAGUUACGUUUAUUUUAUUGUAUGCUUCACAAGCUUCCUCAAUAUGUGCAUCAUGUGAAUUUUGCCUCUCUUAAAAUCCUCGAUCUCUCGGAUAAUAAUUUCAAUUCUAAAAUAUCAGAUUGGUUGUUUAAAAUUGGCCAUAGUGUAGUUUACCUUAAUCUUUCAAGAUGUCAGUUACAAGGUCUGAUCCCAGAUGCUUUUGGGAACAUGACUUCUCUCACCUCUCUUGAUCUUUCGAGGAAUGAUCUCAAAGGUCCAAUACCACUAACUUUCGGCAUGUUUGAAAAAGAAAGUCAGCUUAACAAAUCUUCCUCACUGAGAGAGUUGUAUCUUUACGACAAUCAAUUGAACGGGUCCUUAGAGCAAAGUCUUGUGCAACUCUCUCAACUUGUUGCCUUGAAUGUGGCUGGGAAUGACUUGGAGGGUAACAUCACGGAAGCUCACUUAAAAAAUUUCAGUAGUCUGCGGGUGCUAGAUCUUUCAGAAAACCGGUUGGUGUUGAAUGUGAGUUCAAACUGGAUUCCACCCUUUCAACUUGAAACCAUAGGGUUGAGGUCUUGCCUACUAGGCCCAAAAUUUCCACAGUGGCUUCGAUCACAAAAUAAUUAUUCUUUCAUUGAUAUCUCCCAUGCCAGUAUUGUAGAUGUCGUGCCAGAUUGGUUUUGGAACCUCUCUUCCAGGGUCAAGCAUAUGGAUUUGUCUUUCAAUGAGCUCAAAGGAAAUGUGCCAGAUUUUUCAUCGCAACUCCAACUUUCACUACUGGAUUUGAGUCACAAUUACUUUAGGAGUCGCCUGCCUCACUUCUCCGUCAGCUUGAGAACACUGGCUCUAGCAGAAAAUUCAUUUUUUGGAUCAAUUUCGCACUUAUGUGGAAUAUUGUCUGCAGAUAACUCUCUAGGUUAUUUGGAUCUAUCUUCAAAUAAUUUAUCAGGAGAGAUUCCAGACUGUUGGAAAUAUGAGCAGAAUUUGGUCAUUCUAAACUUAGCUAAUAACAAUCUAUCUGGACAAAUUCCCAACUCAAUUGGCCAAUUAAUAAAUCUGAAGACCCUGAGAUUGGACGACAAUAGUCUUUCUGGAGAAGUGACUUUAUCAUUGAAGAAUUGCAUUGCCUUGAGAGCUCUAGGCCUUGCUCGCAACAAGUUAUCAGGUAACGUACCGGCAUGGAUUGGUGAAAAUUUACAAAACCUGAUGAUUCUUGAAUUGCGGUCUAAUACAUUCAGUGGGCAUAUUCCCUUUCAGAUGUGCCAACUGAAAUAUUUGAGAAUUUUGGAUCUUUCUUUAAAUAAGUUGUCUGGAACUAUUCCAAGAUGUGUCUUUUUUGGCAUGGCUAAGGAAACUCUUUCCUUAAUCUAUUAUCCUUACACAACCUAUUCUGAAGGUUUCAUACUCUCAACCAAAUCUAGGGAGUUGAAGUACCAAGGAAUUCUUCCUUUUGUAACAUUACUUGACCUUUCUUCCAAUAACUUAUCGGGAGAAAUUCCUGAGGAAGUUAUGAGCCUUGUCGGAUUGUGGUCUUUGAAUUUGUCAAGAAAUCAUCUGGUCGGACCUAUCCCACCAAACAUCGGUGAAAUGAAUUUACAGUCUCUUGAUUUAUCAAGUAAUCACCUUUCAUGCACAAUGCCAGCUAGCAUGACAUAUAUGACCUUUCUCGAGGUAUUGGACGUGUCACAUAACAACUUGUCAGGGAAAAUUCCAAGUGGUAAUCAGUUCAUUACAUUUGAGAGCUCAUCCUACAUGGAGAAUCCUCAACUUUGUGGGUCUCCUCUCUCAAAGAUAUGCUCCAUCGACGAAUUAAUUGAAGAUCCACAUUGUAGCAAUGAAAACGAAGAUGGAGAAAUCAAGGCAUUCAAAAAGAAGGGCACGAUGGCUUCAAAAUACCUUCAUUUUAUUUAA